CUUUAAUAAACCCCAUCUUUUCCCAAAAUCACUUUUUUAUACUUCCCCUUAUGAACGAAGCACUAGGAUCAAUCUUCUCCGGCGCAAUACCAAGCCAAUUCAUGGGCGGCCAAAACAAGCCCGCCGACGGCGCGGGCCCCUCCGAGAGCAAAUCCAACACCAAAGAGCGCAUCGCCAAAGAAAUCCACUCCCGCGUCGAAGAAGCAAAAGGCCUACAAGAAAAAUCCCUCGAACUGCACGAAAAAGCCAAUAAGGAAGAAGAUCCCGAAGAAGCGGAGAACAUACGGCAUGAAGCACGAGAAAUCGAUAAAAAGGCUGCCAAGCUCAUGAAGAUCGCGGAAAGGCUGGAGAAAGGAUGGAUACAGGGCGGUGCUAUGGGAACGGGGAUAGGCGCGGGUGUAGCUAGUGGGCUGGGGCUCGGGGUAGGGGCGCUGUUGACGGGAGUUGUGGCGAUUCCGACGGCGGGUUUGGGAUUGCUUAUUGGGGCGGGGACGGGGCUUGCGCAUGGGUCUUGGGUGAAGUUUACGGAUGCGUUUACGAAGGAUGAGGCUGAUGAGAUUGUUAAUGAGGCGACGGAGGAGGCGGAGAAGAUUGCGAAGGGUUGAGGGAGAUGUCUGAGAUGAGCAUGAACUGGGUUAUGGAGGAUUAUCGUAAAGGAGAGGAAAGGUUUUACGACGCGUUAGGUUAUUCAGAUUGCAUUUGGGUUUGCAUUUGGUUACAAGGUGUAUUGCUAGCCAUCAAUUCCAUUCUUUCGUUGGUC